AUGUCCACCUCAGCCGGUCCCAGCUCUUAUUCUAGUGGAAAGCCAACUCCUGACGAUGUCCGGGCCGCUUCGAGUGCCCUCGGCUACUGUCUUGGGAACCAAAUAUAUGGAAUUGUGGGAGGUGGCGCGCUGGUCUUGCUAGGUUCAGCACGUGAAACGGAAGAUGUCGAUUUCGUUGUUCCACAGGGUGAAACGAAAAACACUCGAUCAAUUCUCAGAAAGGAAACCACCUACUUUGAGGUCCAGGCCAAGACGAACCACACCUACUACAAGAGUACUCCUCCUGUGGAAAUUGAGAUUCUUGCACCUCCCCGGCCUUUUUAA